AUGGAUAUGGAAGUUCCACACCAUUUGGUUGAUAUAUUACACCCUUCUGAAGAUUAUUCUGUUGGACAAUUUUACAAGGAUGCAAGGAAAUUGACUGGAGAAAUUCUUAGUAGAGGCCAUGUGCCAAUAGUCACAGGCGGCACUGGGCUGUACUUGCGGUGGUUUAUUUAUGGGAAACCAGAUGUUCCUAAGGCCUCCCGUGAGAUUACAGCUGAAGUUAACUCGGAACUUGAGGAUUUUCAAAGGGAUGGUGACUGGGAAGCUGCAGUAGAGUUUGUUGUUAAAGCAGGCGAUCCAGCUGUCCGAUCUUUAGCUGCAAAUGAUUGGUACAGAUUACGCCGCAGGCUUGAAAUACUCAAGUCAAGUGGUGUUUCUCCAUCAGCCAUUGAAGUGCCUUAUAAUUCUUUCAAAGAGAAAUUACGGUCAAGUGAUGAUGCUGAUGCUUUUGAUGGGGGUUGUUCAGAUGUCGAAGCUGACGAGAAAAAGUCAAAGAAUUUGGACUAUGAUUUUAGUUGUUUUUUUCUUUCGACCCAAAGGAUGGAUCUUUAUCGAUCAAUUGAUUUCCGGUGUGAAGAUAUGCUUUUAGAUGAUGGUAUUUUAUCUGAGGCAAACUGGCUUCUUGAUUUGGGCCUUAUGCCUAAUUCGAAUUCUGCAGCCCGAGCUAUUGGCUAUAGACAAGCUAUGGAUUUUCUACUAAUGUCAAGAGAACACGGUGGCUCGAGUUCUGCUCAAGCUUUCUACCGUUUUCUGUUCGAGUUUCAAAAAGCGUCUCGGUAA